CACUCGCUCACUCACUCCCACACUCACUCACUCACACCUCCCCCAGCUCACCUCCUCCCACCCCAGCAUGGCCACGUCCACCAUGUCUGUCUGCUCCAGCGCUUACUCUGACUCCUGGCAGGUGGAUGACUGCCCAGAGAGCUGCUGUGAGCCCCCCUGCUGUGCCCCCAGCUGCUGCACCCCGGCUGCCUGCCUGACCCUGGUCUCCACCCCAGUGAGCUGUGUGUCUAGCCCCUGCUGCCAGGCGGUCUGUGAGGCCAGCCCCUGCCAAUCAGGCUGCACCAGCUCCUGCACACCCUUGUGCUGCCAGCAGUCUAGCUGUCAGCCGGCUUGCUGCACCUCCUCCCCCUGCCAGCAGACCUGCUGUGUGCCCGUCUGCUGCAAGCCUGUGUGCUGCAAGCCUGUCUGCUGUGUGCCCACCUGUUCUGGGGAUUCCUCUUCAUGCUGCCAGCAGUCCAGCUGCCAGCCGGCUUGCUGCACCUCUUCCCCAUGUCAGCAGUCCUCCUGUCAAUCCUGCUGUGUGCCCAUCUGCUGCAAGCCUGUCUGCUGUGUGCCCACCUGUUCUGGGGAUUCCUCUUCAUGCUGCCAGCAGUCCAGCUGCCAGCCGGCUUGCUGCACCUCUUCCCCGUGCCAGCAAUCCUGCUGUGUGCCCAUCUGCUGCAAGCCUGUCUGCUGUGUGCCCACCUGUUCUGGGGAUUCCUCUUCAUGCUGCCAGCAGUCUCGCUGCCAACCAGCGUGCUGCACCACCUCCUGCUGCAGACCCUCCUCCUCUGUGUCGCUCCUCUGCCAUCCCGUGUGCAGGUCCACCUGCUGCGUGCCCGUCUCCUCCUACUGUGCCCCUGCCUCCUCCUGCCAGGCCAGCUGCUGUCGCCCAGCCUCCUGCGUGUCCCUCCUCUGCCGCCCCGUGUGCUCCCGCCCGGCCUGCUGA